AUGGCCAGCGGCGCACAGUCAUUCUAUGAGCUCUACCGCCGGAGCAGUAUCGGCCUUGCCCUGACCGACACGCUCGACGAUCUGAUCAGCGAGGAGCGCAUCCACCCGCAGCUGGCGAUGAAGAUCUUGGGCAACUUUGACCAGGCAAUCACCGAGGCGCUGCAGAAGAACGUCAAGAGCCGGCUGCAAUUCAAGGGAAGCUUGGACACGUACCGAUUCUGCGACGAAGUUUGGACUUUCCUCAUCAAGAACGUGACGUUCAAGAUGGACAACGGCAGCGUGUCUGUUCAGGCGGACAAGGUCAAGAUUGUCAGCUGCAACGCGAGGAGACCCGGCGAAGGGCAGUAA